AUGGACGUGAUCUUGGAGGUCUUCGACACCUUCCUCUCCGAUUGGGUCUAUGCCACUCUCCUCCCGCGAUCUCCCUCCCUCUCCGCCUUCGACCCCACUUCCACCCUCUCCGCGAGUCUGAAAGGGAGCCAUGCCGGCUGGAACGCCAGUUCCGCCGCUGGUGUGGGCGAUGUCUCGGGCUCGACAUGGCAGUUCUCCCCGGCCAGCGAAUACUUCAGCGUGCAGCCCAGCAAAUAUGCGUACAUGAGUCGGUGGGACCGCGAUAACCUCUAUCGCCAAUGCGCCACCCUCUACAUCAUCACCGCCCUCUUCGGCAUCGUCGUCUACUUCCUCUUCGCCACUCUGAGCUAUUGCUUCGUCUUCGACAAGACCACCUUCCAACAUCCCAAGUACCUCCGCAACCAGAUCAAGAUGGAAAUCCGGCAGACCGUCGGCUCCAUCCCCUGGAUGGCCGUGUGCACCUUCCCCUUCUUCGUGGGCGAGGUGCGCGGGCACAGCUUCAUCUACGACAACAUCUCCGACAUCAGCCAUCCCAUCCUCUCCAUCUUCGGUCGCUCGUGGAACUUCCUCCAGUUCCCCGUCUUCAUCCUUUUCACCGACUGCCUCAUCUACUGGAUCCACCGCGGCCUGCACCACCCCAUCCUCUACCGACGCUUGCACAAGCCCCACCACAAGUGGAUCAUGCCCACCCCCUACGCCAGUCACGCCUUCCACCCUCUCGACGGCUUCAGUCAGAGCGUGCCAUACCACCUCUUCCCCUUCAUCCUCCCCCUGCAAAAGUUCGCAUACAUCGGCCUCUUCAUCUUCAUCCAGAUCUGGACCGUUAUGAUCCACGACGGCGAGUAUGUGGCCAACAGCCCCGUCAUCAACGGCGCCGCAUGCCAUACCAUGCAUCAUCUGUACUUCAACUACAACUACGGCCAGUUCACCACGCUGUGGGACCGCCUGGGUGGCAGCUAUCGGAAGCCCAAUGCCGAGCUCUUUCAGAAGGAAAGCAAGACGAGCAAGGAAGAGUGGCAGCGGCAGACAAAGGAGAUGGAGAAGAUGGUGGUGGAGGUGGAGGGCGAGGACGACAGGACAUACUUGCCCGAAGCCAAGAAGGUGCAAUGA